AUGGCGCUGAUGAGCCAUCGGGCGCAGUUAAUCUCUCGCCACCCUGCGGUCCAUGCCGGCGUCGCCGCUGCCGUCCCGUCCGUAACUUUCUGGCGCCUCGCAAAUUCCGUCAGGCCCUACCACCCUCUGUCAUUUCGCGAGAGUGGCCGUCACCGGAGCUGGGCCUCGCUCCGUCUCUUUUGCACCAAGUCUUCCCUUGGUCAGCCUUCACUGGUACGAUGCCACGUUAAUUGUAUCCCUAGCAGGAUUCAAUCCUCCGCAUUGCUAUCGUUUCUACGGGAAUAGUAUCGGCCACGUGAUCUAGAUUCAGCUUCGAUUGGAUGACUAUAUCGCCGAUGCUUCGUGCUAUGCAUUGUAUUUUCCUUCUGAUUUCAUUUUUGCUUCUGCCCGUGGCAGGACUCAGAAUUCGUGACUUCACCGUCAAUUGUGACAGAUCUACUCGACUACCUGAACGAGUCUUGGACGCAAUUCCACGCCACUGGUACUUGGCAGAGCUUAGCAUCAUUCGUUGAGAUUCUAUAUCUCCUUUAUUUCUACAUUCCUAUCUAACUGUGAUGGCCAUCGAAGUUAAUCGUUGAGCUUUCACAACCAAUUGCCAUAUUUUUUUUAGCUUAGUUCAACGCUUUCAUAACUAUCUACUUGUUAAGUUGUCUUGAACUGGAUCCAACUCUUUUCGUAGUCACAUUUCGUUAAUUUUCUGUUAAAGUGUUGUAUUUUUCGUUCAACAGUUACAUUCGAAUACAAAGGAACAAACAGAACUGAGUUUUGUGGUGAAACGCCAAGAAUCUUAAAGAUAAAUGUCUCCCAUGUUUUCUUUUUUCUUUUUCUUUUCUCUUUUUUGAGGGGGGAGUGGUGCGGAUAGGGGAGGGGAGAGCUAAAUCUUUGAUCCACAAGAAAUUCCUUCCUACGGAUGUUAAAGAAUGUAUAUUGUUUUCUCUUUUAGCUGAAGCAAAGAAGCAGUUAUUGGCAUCUGGAUUCAUUUUGCUCAACGAGAAUGAGAAUUGGGACCUAAAGCCUGGUGGGCGUUACUUCUUCACGCGAAACAUGUCCUCUUUGAUUGCAUUUGCUGUUGGAGAAAAGUGAGUAAUGUUUCUUCAGAUGUAAUUCUAUCUGUACUGUGAAAGCAAUAAAAUUCCGAUUCUUUCUGUUUCUGAACUAGAUUUAAGCAGUUUAGGCUUGACUGCUGGAAGGUCCUGAGCCAUCAUGGAAUGUAAGGUGUCUUCAAGAUGAGUUUUUGUCUCUUGGUCGGAGUUAUUGAUUGGACUUUUAGUUAGGGUAGUCACGUCCUGUCGCAUGCGAAUUCGGUGCUUCCUUUCGAAAACUAACGGAUACAUCCCUGUUUUCUCAGGGAAAAUUAGUUUGCCUAGGCUCCAGCAUUAUGUUUUUCGAUUUUUCCGAUUCAGGGUUAUCAAUUCUCUCAUGAGAAGUUUUAUUACAACCAUUUCAUGGAUUUCUGAAAAACUCUUUCUCUUUCUCUUUUUUCCUCAACAAAGUUUGCCAUGGCUACCACAAAAACAAAUUAUUUCCUUAAAUAACCAUAAAUCUUGGUAUCUUGAUUUUUGUUGUGAAGUUACUCGGAGUUUUUAAUGCUGGAAUUUAUAGUUAAAGAGCAGAUAUUGAGCUCCAUGUCCUUUUCAUGGGAAAUCCCAGUUUGUAUCCAAGGUAAAAAUUAAAAUUUUAAAAAUAAAAAUAGUUCUGUAGGUUCAUAAACGUUUUGGUGAUUUUAAUUAUUCGCAUUCAACACCAUAAAUUUAGGAUGUUGAACAUUGCGUGUCAACAUAAUAAUAUGGUCGUCUAUUCUUGUCAUAGUGGAAGGUGCCAUAGUUUCUACGUAACACGAAAAUUGAUUGUAUUAUUUUAUGACAGCAUAUUCUCAUUACCACACUGUGAUAUAAAGAGGCUUUUAUUGUGGUUUGAGGGACCAGACGUUUUGUAUGAUUGUCUAGAUGUCAAUUGGCCUACCUUGCUCUUUGGAAAUUCAUCAUCUCUUUUGUUUUCAGUGUGCAUUCUUUGGUGGUCUUUUAUGAUUUUUUACUUAGAAAGGUAUUAUAUAACAUAGGCUUUAUUCUCUCUGACAGAUAUAGUACCAAAAGUGGGUUUCACAUUAUUGCAGCACAUACAGACAGUCCGUGUCUGAAAUUGAAACCCGUUUCGGCAUCAACAAAGUCUGGAUUUCUUAUGGUAAAUGUGCAAACAUAUGGAGCCGGCUUGUGGCAUACAUGGUUUGAUAGAGAUUUAAGUGUAGCAGGAAGAGUCAUCUUGAAAACUGGUGAUGGGGCCUUCGUGCAUAAACUUGUUAAAGUGAAAAGACCAUUGCUGCGAGUGCCAACUCUUGCCAUUCAUCUUGACCGGUUACUACCUACACUCAUAGCCCAUUCGUUUGAUGCGAUAUAAUUCUAUAAUUACUUUGGAAAAUUGAAUUUUAUUACAUAGCAUAAGAAAUAUAUCCAUAUCCACUUUCAAUAAUGGAGUGCUUUGAGGCAAUUUUUUAAUAUUCUCUAUCUACUGCGUAGUGAUUAUUCAAGUUAGUCGGCUAGUUAUGAUGAUUAGUAGCAGUGCUCUUCAAGUUCACUUCCACUGUUAUUUGAUUCUUGCAAUUAGAUGAAAUGCGGAACUCUAGAGUUUUUAUGUAGGGUUUUUUUUUCACCGUCUUACAAGAUCUCCGGAUGAUAAUAAUAGAGAAAAAUUCAUCCUUGGGCACGUUUACAUAUCAUUAGUGAAUAGAAACGAGUUCUUACUCCUUUGGUAAGUACGUAUAAGGAUAUGGCUCUCAGAUCGUCCUGUUAUGUUAAGGGUGAACGUCUCUUCGAAUACAUGAUACGAUUGUUUAAAUUUUUUUAGUUGUUUUUCACUCGUUGUACUGGGCAUUCUCAUAGUUUUUCGAGUUAAGGCAAUUUUUUGGCGAAAUAGAGUGUCCCAUUUAUGUUUUAUUUUCUCAUCGCACGAACACUAUUUAAAAUAUGCCAAAUAGUGAACCGAUGUUUCUUCUUUUUGUCAUCUAACACCCACUGUAGUUUUUAAUUUCAAUUAUGUACUAAAGCUAUUUAACGAAUAUUCUUCAGGUCGGUGAGCACAGAAGGAUUCAAACCAAAUCUGGAAAAUCACCUCGUUCCACUUCUUGCCAUCAAAACAGAGGACAGAGCAGUGAAGACUGAAGAUAAUAAAAGGCAGCAGAUAAAUAAGAAAAGAGCACAUCAUCCGCUGCUCCUGCAGGUUUACCCUGGAAACUUUCCCCUCCCCCCCGCACCUUUUGGUUUCCUAUUCGAUAUGAAUUCAUGAGGCAGGCAUGGUGCCAGUGAACAGGUUGCUGGGACUCAAACGGGUUUCUGCGUUAGCCUUCUGACUAUGAGAAGACAAUCUCAAGAGAGCUGAGACUCCUAGUUAUCUUAAUCUCAUGUUUAUUUUCUCCUUCCCAGGUCUUGUCUGAGGAGCUUGGGUGCAGCGCAGAUGAAAUUGCAAGCCUUGAACUAAAUAUAUGUGAUGUUCAGCCUAGCUGCCUUGGAGGUGGAAAUAAUGAAUUUAUCUUCUCAGGCAGAUUGGACAACCUGGCAUCGAGUUAUUGUGCACUUAGAGCACUUAUAGACUCGUGUACUUCUUCUAGAGAUUUGGAAGAUGAAAGUUCCAUCAGAAUGGUCGCCUUAUUUGAUAAUGAAGAGGUAUUAGUUCUCCCAAAAACUCAUGCACGCAGCAUAUUUUCUAGUAAAGAAUGUGACAGCUUUCAAUCGUGUGCGUUUUAGUAGUAUUUUCUUCCUCACUGUUAGCCAAUCUGCCAUCCAUUUCAGUGCCGAGGUUUAUAUCUUGUCGUAGAUGCUAACAUUUAGCCAUAGAGAAUAUAUAUGCUUGAUAGCUACACCGGUGGUAUUCUCCUGUCGGCCUUGGCCUUUGAUGUGUUGCUCAUAUCCAUGAAUUCUAUGAUUUCCAUUUGAAGCGUCUUCGUGUUCUCUUCCUCUUAUGAUAGGUAGGGUCGGAUUCAGCACAGGGAGCAGGUGCGCCUACAAUGUUUCAAGCUAUUCGGAGAAUAGUGGACUCCUUGUCUAAUGGGCGCAGUUCUGAGAACACUUACGAACGAGCAAUCCGCCAGUCUUUUCUGGGUAUGGUCUCUGGCAUCUGGUCGCAUUCUCUGGGUUUUGAUCUCAGUUCCUCUUCAUGCAUUUGUGGUUUUGCAUGACUGCGGUGCACGCUCAUAUCCUCCCAUCCCCUCUGCCCAGAAAGAAGAGAAGAGAGAGAGAGAGAGAGAAAAGAUAAGAGAGAAAGAGUACAAUCCGUCCCAGAUUGUGAGCUGAAUGAUGCUCUUUUCACGGCAUGAGGCUAUAUCUAGUGGCGAAAGUGAUGAACGAAUGUGAACCCCCUUCUCUUCUGAUGUCCAGUAUCUGCGGACAUGGCCCAUGGAACACACCCAAACUUCCCCGAAAAACACGAGGACCACCACCGCCCAGAAUUGCAGAGGGGGCUCGUCAUCAAGCACAAUGCUAACCAAAGAUAUGCCACAAGCUCGGUGACGGCCUUCCUCUUCAGGGAAGUCGCAGCCAUCCACAACAUCCCUAUUCAGGUACUCCCCGAAACUCUGAUGCCCAUGGCUGCUGUUGUGCAAUUUCGUUAUCACUGACCAGCCCGAAGUUUCUUGGCCCCCUUGACUUUCUCCCGGCGGAUAUUUCCUUGCAAGCGCGCAUGAUGGCUUAGCUUCCAGGAGAAGGGGAGAGAGAGAGAGAGAGAGAUUUCUGAGUUUGGAUAUUUCUACCUGCUGACGGAGUCCCGACCCAUGGAUGCAGGACUUUGUUGUGAGGAACGACAUGGGAUGCGGAUCCACGAUCGGGCCCAUACUGGCCUCAGGGGUCGGCAUUCGCGCCGUUGACUGCGGGAUACCUCAGCUGUCCAUGCACAGGUUCAUUUCCAUCCUCCGAUCACCGAGUCAACUCUGACGCCCCUUUUCUGAUCUCCUCCGGGCCAUCGAAAGCCCAUAGGCCUGGUGCUGAAAUGGGCCCGCCGCUCAGUUCCCCCUCAGCUCCGUCUGACGGCAACCCCGUUGACCUCCUAGACUAGAAUCUCUUUCGUCUGUGACGUAGGCCUUGCUUGCCGUACGGAUGGACCCGCCAGCGGCGCAUCUAUGGUGACAUGACGCUCCGGGCGGCUGGUUCCUCGCCCUCCGGCGGGGGCUCAGGCCGAGGGCGCCAUCGCACCUCGCAUCUGCCCUCGCCUUUUCUUCUUCAUCCAGAAGGAAAUCCAAGGAGCAAGUUGAAAAAGGAUGUGCAGCUUUGAAUGCUGAGCAAACCCUGACGUCUCCUCUUCUGAUAGCCUGACGUCCUAAUCUACGGCACCCACCCCCCUUUGAUCCAUCCCCAUCUCCCCGCUCCCUACGUUACGCCUCCCCCCGGGGGAGUGGGAAUCUAAGGGAGACCCCCCUUUCAGAUCCAGCGGCCAUAUGCCGUGUGUUGGUAAAAAGAAUGUACUCUCUCUCUCUCUCUCUCUCUCGCUCUCUCUCAUCACACGGAGAGCCUGUCUCUGAAGUCACUUUAUGUGCAUGCAGUGUGCGUGAGAUCUGUGGAAAGGAGGACGUGGACAUCGCCUACAACCACUUCAUGGCCUUCUACCAGAGCUUCUCCAGUAUCGACCAGAGAUUGAAGGUGGAUUUCUAG